ACUAGCCCAGUAAUGGUGAACAUAAAACUCAUCGUUGAGUUUUUCGCUCUUCGUUACUUAAAAUCGUUCAUUCUAUUUGAUUGUUCGACGGUUAUUUCUGAUCUUCAUUCCGCCGUACACUAUUCUAGCGUUUAUUUCAACGGUACCAUGCAAAUCGUCAACAUUUCCGGUGAAGUUUCUCACCUCGACAAAAUGAGCUCAAUUCGCCACGAUUUGGGACUGGUCGUGGACGCUAGCUGUGACCAAACUGAGAAUCUUUUCAAUGUUAUGUCUCGAAAUUCGUUUUUCAAUGCAUCCUACGAGUGGCUGAUUUUUUCAAGAAAUGCCUUCAAUAGUUCGAUUCGUCUUCUUCGACGCCAAAACUUGAACGUCGAUUCGAGGGUGGUGCUUGCUGAGGAAACUUCUUCCGGGGAUUUUAUGCUGUUUGAUGUGUACAAUACGUUGUUUAGGAGAAAUGGUAAGUUUCACGUUACAUUAGAGGGGCGUUGGAAUGAGGAGCGCGGAUUCAGUAUUGACUGCAGGCAGAGCCUGUACGAUCGAAGGCACGACUUUCAAAACGUGGCAAUGUACGUUGUUUUCACCGAUUUGAAAAGAAAGCAUAACAGAACAAUUUUGGAGCGAUUGGAAACCAAUGAGCCUCUACAAGAUUUCGCAUUGUGGCGAUUUUCUCACCACUAUGUACAGAUGCUCAUGAUGAAGCAUAAUUUUCGAGUCCAGUACAUAACCACGCCUGGAUGGGGUAGUCAAUCUACCAUGGCUCACAAAACCAGUACUGGUUUGCUAGGACAACUGAAACUUAGACAAGUGGACCUUGCAGUGAAUACGUUGUACGUGUACCAAGAUCGAAUAGCUAUCGUGGACUACAGCGUUGUUGUAGCAAUGCACAACUGCCGGUUCGUAUUUCGACAUCCGAGGCGCUCCAAUACUCGAAUCACCUUCUUGCAACCCUUCGAUAACAGUGCCUGGCUUGGGUUGUUCACCGGUUUAACCGUAGCUGGAGCGGCCCUCUUUUGUGCCUUCCGACUGGAGCGAAAAUUUCCUUGGAAUAUUUCCAGAACAUCGCAAGAGUAUCUUUUAACCAUUCUAGGAUUUAUCUGCUUACAAGGAUUCGCCGGGAUAACAUUCUUGAACGCCUCGAGGGUCAUCAUAGUCGUGAUGCUUUCAUGUGCAUUACUGAUUUAUCAGUACUAUAGCUCAUUCAUCAUUGGAUCUCUGCUAACAUCCCCACCGAGAUAUCUCAACACAAUUCGCCAGCUUAUUUCCAGUGACCUGGAAGUCACUAUCGAGAAUCUGUUCUACCUUUGGGAGUUUUAUAAUCGGACUACCAGUCCAGAAGUUGAAGAACUGUUUCAGAAGAAAAUACUAACUGGUUCAGAAUCAUCCACGGAUGUCAUCAGUGGAAUCCAGAAGAUCAAAAAGGGUGGCUACGCAAUGCAGUGUGACAUUGGAUAUGCAUAUCCCAUCAUAAAAAGAACGUUCACGGAUGAUGAAAUAUGCGACCUGCAGGAAAUCGAAGUUUACUCCAAGAAACCGCUUCAUCUACCGCUGCCCAAGGGUUCGCCGCUGAAGCAGUUCUUCCGGGUGACGUUGCGAAAACUUAUCGAGAGUGGAAGUGGUCCGUACUACGAGCGGGAAUUUUUCAGCCAGAAACCAGCCUGUCCGCGCGACUCGCUGGAACAGGUGGCCCAAAUCGAGGUGGUCCAAGUGGUGCACGUGUUUUACAUCCUAGCCGUGGCAAUGGUGGUUUGUCUUAUUUUGUUGGUGGUCGAGCAGAUCUACUAUCGAUUCCACGAACGGCGGGAGCGGUUGGCUCCUUACAUGUCUUAAAUAAAACUAAAAUUGUGCAUAGUAUAAUUUCAACCUGUAGUAGAAUUCCUGUUUAGGUUAAAAAAAAUGCCCAUUCCGAUUAAAUAGAAGCAAAAAACUAACCUGCAAACUCAAACAAACUAAUCCCUCCCAUCAAUCAGCAGAAUCAGUAGUUCAACUCUUAACUUUGUCGAACCUCUAGUUUACACGUGCACUUGCGGGCAUUAUGUAUACCUGGCAGUACAUAAUUACCGUGCCAUGCUGGUAAAGUUUUCAAUUAAUUUGCGCCAAAGCUCUAGGGAAACACUUGGUGCUAGGAUGAGAGUAUUUGAAAUCCAAUCAACCACGAACGACGGAGGAGCAGCCCUUUCAAUCAAUGCUGAGUACAAUAGUGGUCUCAAAGGGCAAACCUUACAGGGAGUUUGUGGUAAAUAACCGCGUUGGACGUACUAGAAAAGCCAUCAACCUCGGUAUUAACCUUUUGUGAACUUGGUUUAGAAUUAUAUGAGGGAUGUUAGAAUGUAAUGUAGA